GAGUCCUCUUCUCCAGUCUACAAAGUUUUCGAAUAACUUCAGCAGUUCCCCCCUCCGUCUUCCAUCUGAGAUAGACAGUUUCAGGUUUAGGGUUUUAGGUAUUUCUCUUUUAGUUCUUCUUAUCACUCAAGAUGGCAUCAACAGUUGAGAUAGAGGAAGAUGAUGAUUAUGAAGAAUAUAUACCUGUGAAGAAAAGGAGAUUAAUGGAAGCUCAGAAAAUUCUUCAAAGGAAAGGUGGUAAAACGGCAGUACUCGGAGAGGGAGAUGUUGAGGAAUCAAAGCUUGCGGAAAAUAAGCCAAGUCUUUUAGUUAAGGCAUCUCAGCUGAAACGUGAUCUUCCAGAGAUAACCCCAAUUGAGCAGAAAGUUCAAGAAGAGAAGGAAAUGAUUGAACACCUCUCUGAUCGUAAAACACUGAUGUCUGUUCGGGAAUUAGCUAAAGGAAUUACUUAUACUGAGCCAUUGGAGACUGGGUGGAAACCGCCGUUACCCAUAAGAAGGAUGUCUCCAAAAGACUGUGAUUUGAUUCGAAAACAGUGGCACAUACUUGUUGAUGGUGAUCAAGUGCCUCCACCAAUUAAAACAUUUAAAGACAUGAGAUUUCCGGAACCAGUUCUAAAGAAAUUGAAAGAAAAAGGGAUUGUACAACCAACUCCGAUUCAGGUCCAAGGGCUUCCCGUUAUCUUAUCUGGAAGGGAUAUGAUAGGAAUCGCUUUUACAGGGUCUGGGAAGACAUUAGUUUUUGUGCUUCCGUUGAUUAUGAUUGCGAUACAAGAAGAAAUCAUGAUGCCAAUUGUACCUGGAGAAGGCCCAUUUUGUUUGGUAAUUUGCCCCUCAAGAGAACUUGCUAGGCAGACUUUUGACGUGGUGGAAGAGUUUCUAGUCCCAUUGAAGGAGCAAGGGUACCCUGAAAUAAGGCCUUUGUUGUGUAUCGGUGGCAUUGAUAUGAGAUCACAGUUGGAGGUGGUAAAAAAGGGAGUGCAUAUUGUGGUUGCCACUCCUGGGAGAUUGAAGGACAUGCUGGCAAAGAAGAAAAUGAAUCUUGACAAUUGCAGGUACUUGACAUUAGAUGAAGCUGAUCGAUUGGUAGAUUUGGGAUUUGAAGAUGACAUAAGAGAAGUGUUUGACCACUUUAAAUCACAGAGGCAAACUCUUCUUUUUUCCGCCACCAUGCCCACAAAGAUCCAGAACUUCGCAAGAAGUGCUCUUGUUAAACCAGUGACGGUUAAUGUUGGACGAGCUGGAGCUGCAAAUCUGGAUGUCAUACAAGAAGUAGAAUAUGUGAAGCAGGAGGCUAAGAUUGUUUACCUUCUUGAGUGCCUUCAAAAGACCCCACCUCCUGUACUGAUUUUCUGUGAGAACAAAGCCGAUGUGGAUGAUAUCCACGAAUAUCUUCUUUUGAAAGGAGUUGAGGCAGUGGCCAUUCAUGGAGGGAAAGAUCAAGAGGAGAGAGAAUAUGCAAUUUCUUCUUUUAAAGCAAGCAAAAAAGAUGUGUUGGUGGCUACUGACGUUGCCUCCAAAGGGUUGGACUUUCCUGAUAUUCAACAUGUGAUCAACUAUGACAUGCCUGCGGAAAUUGAGAACUAUGUCCAUAGGAUUGGACGUACUGGACGGUGUGGAAAAACAGGUAUUGCUACGACUUUCAUAAACAAGAACCAAAGUGAAACUACUCUUCUUGAUCUGAAGCAUCUCUUGCAAGAAGCGAAGCAGAGGAUUCCUCCAGUUCUUGCAGAACUUGACGAUCCAAUGGACAAUGGGCCUGACAUUACUGAUUUAAGUGGAGUUAAGGGUUGUGCUUACUGUGGUGGUCUAGGGCAUCGUAUCAGUGAUUGUCCCAAGUUGGAGCAUCAGAAGAGUCAGUCAAUUGCAAAUUCUAGAAGAGACUACUUUGGCUCUGGCGGCUACCGUGGGGAAGUCUGAUACUUCUGUCAUGUUUUUCCACCUUUUUUUUUACUUGAAAAAGAAGGCAGACCUUGUAUCUGGAUUGCAUUUGGGAAUAUUCUAUGUUCUCAGUUUUUACAGAAAUAUGUAGUGUUUUCCUUUGUUUUAACUUUUUAAUGUAUAAUUUCAAGUAGUUUUUGUCAGAAUAUCAGCCAAUUUACCAGAAACACUGAUUAGGAAUAAUGAGAGUAAAUUUUAAAUGAUCUUGCUA